CAAACCCAUAGCAUACCAUUAAACGACGCAGGCGAUUAUUUUGGCUAUCAUCGUUUUAAAUUUUACACUACUAUUUUCAUUAAUAAUUUCAUAUUACACAGUGCAAGCUGAAGUGACAAUGGGAUAGCGCGAAGAUCGGACGGCCCUGGGACAGAAAAGCCGCUGGGUCUCGUUGGAUGCAGUUGGCAAUGAACCGGUCGUGCUGGAGAACGUAUUGAGAGGUAUAGAUCCAGCAGUUGACAGCUAUAGGCUGAGAUGAUGAUGAUGAUGACAUAGUGCAAAUUUUAAGUAAGUAAAAAUCAACUCGUAUGUUUCCGAAGUCACGGUUACGUCACGUACAUUUGUUUCAAGCCGGAAUUUUCAAGAAAACAAUUCAAAGACAAAAUAAGGUACGAUAGAAGUAAGUGAGUUAGGCUGCAGAGAAGUCUAAGACCUCAUUGAAACUUUGCAUUUAAGUAAAUUAGUACAGUAAGUACUUGAUUAACUUGAAGGAAGUUUACAUUGACAAACUUGGAUUUGAUCUGAAAGUCAUGGGGGUUGAACAAAAGGAACGAUAUCUUCCUUUGUUUUUCUUUAACAUUGUAGUAUUCAGAAACAGUACCAAUAAGCGAAAGUUAGAACAGUACAAAUAAUGAUGUAUGAUGUUAGUACGUAAAUGGUGUAAUUAAAAAUACAAAUAAAGCGGAACGUAUAAAAUUAGCUGGCAUUAAAAAGCCAUUACAAUCCGGGUCAGUGAGUUUUGAGUGCCAAAUGACACUAGUGUUGGAGUUGGCGCCAAAAGCAGUGAAGUAGUACAAUUUUACUGUUAUUGAUAAAUAAUACAUUGGAAUUCCGCUGAUAAUGAACUAGAUGUAUUUUUUCUGUUCUACUAUCAAUGGUAAUAAAGUAAAAUGGGGUGCUGAGAAAGUCAUUUCUCUUUUUUUUUAGUAUUUUUUCUACCGGUUUUUGUUACGCUAUUUAGACGAUAGAAGAGCGAGACGAUCAAUAUGCGGGGACUUGCUAGGUAAAACUAUUUUUUUUUUUGUCCAAUCUGAUCAGAUGCAAUCGUGGAUUAAAGAUACUUAAUUCCUUUUCUUCCGGGCAGAGUAUCUAUAGUCCUAGUCCCAAUCGAAUUGCUAUAAGUCACCGCAGUCGAGGGCCCUUAUAAUUAAUUGCUCAAUGAUAAACUGCAAGACAACAAGGCAGCAAUUUAACGCUUAAGGUCAACACUGAUAAAAUGCGUAUCUUUAAGUACGCUCAGCAUAAAUAUCAGUACUUCAGAAACAUUAGCGCAAUUGACAAUAUUAGAACAGCCGCAGUGAACAGCGAAAAUAACAAAAAUUUGGUAAACUAAACAUCAUCUGGAAUUCUGGAGUAUAGACCGCCUUAUAAAAAAGGUUAGUGGAAAAACGAAUAAUCACAAAAUUAUAUUAAAUUUUGCGCAAGCAAGACAGAUACUCAUACGUAUGUAUACAUAAAGAUGACUUUACGUUGGGGCAUUGUGACCGCUGGGAAAAUUUGCCAUGACUUCGUCAAUGCCUUUAAUUCCUACCCAGAUAAAGGAAACCAAAUCAUCUUUGGAAUAGCAGCAAGAGACAAGAAUAAAGCAGAAGAGUUUGCAGCUAUUCAUCAUAUUGAAAAAGUUUUUGAUUCAUAUGAGGACAUGGCUAAGAGCAAGGAUAUUGAUGUUGCCUACAUAGGCUCUCUGAAUAUUUAUCACUACGAUCUGGCAAAGUUGUUCCUUAACAACGGAAAGCAUGUACUCUGCGAGAAACCGCUAUGCUUUAAUUCAGAUGAAGUUGAGUCCCUUACAGAGCUGGCUAGGACUAAGAACCUUUUCCUAAUGGAAGGUAUCUGGUCCCGGUUCUCUCCCGCUUAUUAUGAUUUAGAGCAAAUCAUUGCAAGUGGAGUAAUAGGAGAUGUUAGGUUCUUGGAAGCUAAUUUUGGUAUUUUUACCGAAGACAAGAGAAUCACAACUAGAAAUUACGGCGGAAGCGCAGUUCUUGAUAUUGGUGUAUACGUGCUGCAAUUAGCGCAAUUUGUAUUUAAAGACAGCCCUAAAAGAGUUAUUGCAGUUGGCAAGAGAAAUCACGAUGAAGUGGACGUUUCGGAAACGAUAGUCCUUGAAUAUGAUGAUGAUAGACGAGCUGUGCUAAAUACCAACACGCAGUUGGAACUUGUCAAUCAAGCUGUAGUUUAUGGGACAAAAGGACAUAUAACGUUGCAGCCCCCUUUUCACUUUCCGAACAAAAUGAUUCUACAGGAUGGUAAAGUUAAAGAAUAUACACUGCACACGUCCGCAUUACCAUAUCACUAUGAGAACAGUGCUGGCUUAGUUUACGAAGCUAUUGAGGUUGAAAAGUGUAUUCGGCAAGGUUUAACAGAAUCACCUCGAAUGUCUCACAGUGAGAGUCGUCUUUUGGCCCUUCUUGAAGAUUGCGUACGACGAGAUCUGAACGUGAGCAUCAAUUCUAAAAACAGGCACUAUAAAAAAAUUCUAAUAUUGUAAUUAUACAUAAUAGUACUAUCUGUUUUCCGCGACUUUAGGCUUUUCCUUAGCCCUGGUGGACGUUUUUAUUACGAUUUUGUGUAUCCAUUAUUAAUGAUUGAACCAACUUCGUUGUCCAACUGUAUUUCUGUCCGUUAAUAUAUCUCGUUUUCUCAGGAACGCGCAGACAUAUAAAGUUAAGUUAAAAUUACAAUCAGUAAUUGUUAAGCCUGUUUUUCCUUGGAAAUGUGAAAAUUUGCUUGGCAAGAAGAAAUACUUGAUUACUUCCAAUUGCCAUUUUUUCCGGGUGGUAAUCAUCAACUGACUCCUGUCGUUUUGGAUUGAGUGAAGACUGUCAGACUUUUACCCACUUAUGUUCCUUCCAUUCCCCUUUGUGUCCCGAGUUCGCUUUAACCUUUCAGACAAUCCCGGUUUCCUGGCAGAUAUCAGCUCCAGCUUCUGUUUUUAAAACAAUACCAGCAAGUAGCAAUUGCGGUAAGCUUUCGUCAAAGCAAAUUUGCCGAUUGCGUAAUCCUAACAGAUUCUGGGAACUCGUUCUAGCUUAGUGUAUUAAAUCGACACAAAAUUUAGAUUGCCAAUAAAUCGUCAGAAUAAUACAGGAUUAGCGGAGAAAUUGUGACGUUAUCAAUUAAUCAAAUGGUUCGUUAGACAGAGCAUUCGGAUAGCUUGGAUUACGAUGUCAAAGAGACUUUAGGAUCUCCUAAAUUCAGCAAAACUUUUCGAUGCCGAGACCUUUCGGAGAUUGAUGAAUAGUCCAGUUUCAGUAAGUACGAGUAUAAUUUAGAUUGCCUUAGAGGGAUUUUGUUUUAUAAACGAUUCCUGAUCUUAAGGAAUUUAGGACAGUCGGAUCUGAAGCUUAGAAGGAGGCGUAUAAAUUUGACACUGACUUACAGACCUAAAUAAAAGUUGCUAAAUUGUAUUUUAGAUAAACAAUUUAUAUUCAUUUAUGUAGUUUGAGAUCAACAAUUUAGAGAUUAAUAUGCGAAGCUCAUCUAUCCAUGCUAGCCAGGCCCAGUGGUGCUUAGUGUUUGAUCCUUCUCAUUCCGCUCUAAUUCAUAAUAGUAGCCCGUCAUGGGCAAAUUUGAGCUUAGUCUUGUCCUAUAUAGUAGGGUAUUAAAAUUGAUGUGCUCUGGCAGCUUUAGGUUAAAUCCUGAUGGAUUCAGAGUGUGACGAGGUAUAUGUAGUUUUUAUAUUAAAAAUUGUAUGUAAGAAAUAAAUUGAACAACGAAAAUAAAAUAAAAAAUCGGUAUAUUGGGAACCUUAUUAUUAAGGCACCGCUGUCUGUUUGCCUUUCUGUCACCUAGCUGUGUUCUAAGAACCGUAAUUUCAACUUUAAAACAUUUUUUUUGUCGCUGCUAUAACAAAUAGUAACAAUAGAGAUUAAAGUUGAGCAGCUUUUGUUAUGGUCACUUUGUAAUGUGAUAAAUCAAUUUAUUGUUAAGUUCUAUUAGGUUUUAUUAGUUAUAAAUUAAUUUUGUAUCAUUUCCAUGUAAAAUUGUACAAGAAAACGACGGGUGAAAAUCAUAUAAAUAGGUUCGUUCUCUUACUAAGGCC